AUGCUUCCCGGGGUCGGCGUGUUUGGCACCAGCCUGACAGCGAGGGUGAUCGUGCCGCUGCUGAAGAAGGAGGGCUUCGCGGUGAAGGCGCUGUGGGGCCGCACGCAGGAGGAGGCGGAGGAGCUGGCCAAAGAGAUGAACGUCCCCUUCUACACCAACCGCAUCGACGACGUGCUGCUGCACCAGGACGUGGACUUGGUGUGCAUCAACCUGCCGCCGCCUCUGACGCGGCAGAUCGCCGUGAAAACGCUGGGUAUUGGUAAGAAUGUCAUCUGUGACCGGACCGCCACACCUCUGGAUGCCUUCCGAAUGAUGUCAGCUGCACAGUACUACCCUAAGUUGCUGAGCAUCAUGGGUAAUGUGCUGCGUUUCCUGCCAGCCUUUGUUCGUAUGAAGGAACUAGUGGAAGAGGGAUACAUUGGGGAGCUGCUGGUCUGUGAGGCCCAGGUCCACAGUGGAAGUCUACUGGGGAAGAAAUACAACUGGAGCUGCGACGACCUGAUGGGGGGCGGUGGCCUGCAUUCGGUGGGCAGUUACAUCAUCGACCUGUUGACGUUUCUGACGGGCCAGCGGGCGGCGAAGGUCCACGGCUUCCUCAAGACCUUUGUCAAACAGACGGACCACAUUCGGGGCAUCCGCCAGAUCACCAGCGAUGACUUCUGCACCUUCCAGAUGGUGCUGGAGGGAGGCGCGUGCUGCACAGUCACGCUCAACUUCAACGUUCCUGGAGAGUUUCGGCAGGAGGUGAUCGUCGUCGGGACGGUGGGGAGGCUCACGGUCAGCGGUACUGACCUGUAUGGGCAGAAGAACAGCGGGGGCGGGGGAACUGGUGGCGGUCCAGAGUUGCUCCUCAAAGACACCACGCCCCUCGAGAAGGCCUCCUUACCGGAGAAGGCCUUCAGCGACAUCCCGUCUCCAUAUCUCACCGGAACGAUCCGCAUGAUCCAAGCAGUACGGCAGGCAUUUCAGGACCAGGACGACCGGCGGACAUGGGACGGGAGACCGCUGACGAUGGCCGCCACCUUCGAGGACUGCCUUUACGCGCUUUGUGUGGUGGACACCAUAAAGAAAUCUAACCAGUGCGGCGAGUGGCAGAACAUUGUGGUGAUGACAGAGGAACCGGAGAUCAGCCCGGCCUACCUGAUCAGUGAGGCCAUGCGACGGAGCAGAAUGUCCCUCUACUGUUAGUGUCCUCGUUGACCUCAACUGCCAGCCUCUUGCCUAGAUGGCCGAACCCCUGUUCUACCACAUAGACUGGGGCUGGAGAAGAAAAGGCCUCGGUAUUGCUGCAAAAAUUUUUUUUACAGUUAAUCGCUUCAGUGCUUAAAUGCAAUACCGAUUCCUUUCAACACCUCCAUAUCUGUAUUGUUACAGAGAGGAUAUACCAAUACGAAACACAGAGCUACGUUUUUUUCCCAAUAAUCAGCCCUGGCAAUGAGAGGGCUUGUGGAAUUUCCACAGCACACUGCCUGAGUAAUGGAGGAAUAGCAAUGUGGUUUAUAUGUGAAUCUUUAUUUAUGAGAAAGCCUUUGCCCUCUGACAGAGGACUGGUAAGUGUCCCGCCAAGGAAAAUGCAUUUGUAUCAAACUGUCUCAUACUCUAUAGGAACUGGAGAUGGGACUAUUGUCCUAUGAAUAUCCGAGCAGUUGUGUCUCCAGGAAGACUACGUUCACUCCUGGUAGAGACGGGUCAGGAAUGAAACCGCUUCAUUGGCCAUUUGCUGGUCGGCUGGCUGAAGAAUAGAAGGGAUGGAGAGAAUUCCUUUUUUCCAGUUUCUAUUAAUCAAAAGGUUUAAGAGAACCACAAUGAAUUUUUCUCUUCCAGAAUUUGCUUCCAGUUCGUUCAUUUUAAAAACGGAAACUAUUGAUUUGACAAGAUGGUUUCUUUCUUUGCCACCCAAGAGGGUGUGUCCAUGUCAAGAUGCUUGCUGGACCGUAAAAGUAAUGAAGCCCUCUUUUACUCACCGCUUUUCUUCUUCAUGACUGGGUCUGGAUGACACACCUUACACUGUGCGUCCGACUGAGGACAGCCACGAAAGAAUGACUGUCUUCAAAUAAAACCACGUUCCAUUGUAUUGUCGCUGUAUCAGGACUAUUUGCUAGUUUUACACGGUGAAUGUUUCAAAUCAGUGUGCUUGGUUGCUUUAGUCUCUGUCUGCUUUGUCUGCUUCUGUAUGUGUGAAACUAGAGAGAGGGAAAAAAAAUCAAUAGUUUGGCUGGUGGGGCUUGCAGGGUGAUGUUCCCUCCGGUUUAAGUAUGCAAUGUAUCCAAGCCAGAGUUCCCAGUCAGUUAAGGGUGCAUGUCGUGGUAUGUGUAUAUGCAAUUAGACUAGGCAGUGCACUAAUAUAUAAGCCCUAGUAUGCCACGGGGAAUGCAUGCAUGGAUGAUACAAUCAUAAUUUCAUGUUAUUCUUGCUCAUUUCAUACAGUGAGAAAGUCACUGUACUCUGUGUGGUCCAUGACUGCAUCCUGGUAUUGAGUGUUAAGUCUAGGAUAUUAACGCAAUCGUCCACUAUGCUGUGCCUAACGGCUUAACCGUGUGGGAUUUGUAUCCACAGUAUUUCAAUUUGAAUGGUUAUCCAUAUGGCAAGAUAAUAUCCCUUAGCAGGAAAGAGUUGACAUGCAUUUUAAAGCUUCUUACACAUAACAUUAAAGCUAUAUGGAUGAAUAUCCAUGUUAUAUGCAGAUUGCGUAUGCAUAACAUAACAUCUGAUACGCAAGGCCACUGUGCAGAGUAAAACAUAAGACUUGAAACCAAUGGCACACAAAUGCAGUCAAUAAAUUGUGCUGCAGCGUGGGGUGGAUUGUUGCACAGAUGCAAAAUGUCAAGCUUUCAGAAAACCAAUGAAAUUUGACUGUUAGAGUAAAAACGAGUAAAGCUAAUUACUGAGGGGGAGACUGUUUUAUAUCCGAAGAGAAACAAAGGUUGAACUUCAGUAACGGAUCGAGUGUGGAUUUGCAAAGGGCAUGAGGGCCAAGACAGUCAGCAUAAUCAUCACCGCUCAGUAAGUAAAUGUAAACCAAGGAGAACCAAAUUGUGACUUUACUGAUUCAAAUAGUCAUUUACAGUGAAAUGCAUAAACAAACAUUUUGAUUUAUUUGUGAAUGUUAUUAUGUGUUAAAGAAUAGCAAGGUAUUGAUGUGUAUUGAUUAAAACGGCCUCAAUCGGUGUUUGCAAUUUUUUUUUUUUUUUUUACCAAAUCAGGACAAUUCAUACGUUGUCGGAUUAUUUGCCAAUCACAGUUUUCCGGGGCUCACUCGUAAUUUCCCACCAGUCGUCAUAUUGUCUGAUGUGACGACUGCACCCAUCUGCCACCUGCAAUACCGCAGCAAAUUCUGAUUGACUCAGGUCAAUAUCCCUCAUUGAAAGUGAAGGAAGAAUACUGUAGCACAUCGACCUACAAGCCAAAAAAUUGAUUUUUUUUAAAGUCUUGUUUUUACAACCACUCAAAUUAAUUUCUCUUCCCUCUUGUUGUUUCAAGGUCUUAAAAGCUGUGCCGAUAUACAACAUGUGUAAACUACUGAUAUUGUGUAUAUAUGAAAGUACUAUAAAACUUGAUAUGGGUUUGACUAAAAUAAUAAACGAGUACUGUAUGUAUUCUAUUUGUAGAAACGGAGGAACUGGAACAUGUUUUGUGAAAAAACACACUGUUGAGUAUUAAGGUUAUUUAUUUGAUUUUUUUUGUCAUUGUUUUAUGUACUGAUCUGUACUGUAUUUGGGGGAAAGAUUAACAAUAGACUGAGGCCUUGGAGCAUUCAGCUCCUUACUGUAUUCAUCCCCAAUCUGUGAAAUCUUGAAACAUAAGUGGCCCCCUUUUAAACAGAAAAUUCUGCAAGCUUUACCUGUCCUGCAUUCAGUCAACAUGGAUGCAUUGUAGAUAGCUUUUAAAAAAUGAUGGUAGGGCGUCCGGGUAGCAUGGCGGUCAAUUCCGUUGCCUACCAACACAGGGAUUAUCGGUUCGAAUCCCCAUGUUGCCUCCAACUUAGUCGGGUGUCCCUGCAGACACAAUUGGCUAUGUCUGUGGGUGGGAAGCUGGAUGUGGGUGUGUGUCCUGGUCGCUGCACUAGCGCCUCCUCUGGUCGGUCGGGGCACCUGUUCAGGGGGGAGGGGGAACUGGAGAGGGAAUAGCGUGAUCCUCCCACGUGCUACGUCCCCCUAGCGAAACUCCUUACUGUCAGAUGAAAAGAAGCGGCUGGCGACUCCACAUGUAUCAGAGGAGACGUGGUAGUCUGCAGCCCUCCCCGGAUCGACAGAGGGGGUGGAGCAGUGACCAGUAUGGCUCAGAAUAGUGGGGUAAUUGGCUGGGUACAAUUGGGGAGAAAAAAAGGGGGAGGGGUGAUGGCAGACACGUUCUAAACUGCUGUUGUCUGUGUAAUCUCGGUCUCAGUCUGACAUAACUUCAUUGUCUUGCAGACUACGGCGUUACAAUAACUACUGGACAUGAAUUCUGAGCUCAUACAGUGCAUCCAAGAGUGACCGCUUUACCGCCCAUUACUUAUGUUGUUAUAAGUUCUCACAUAUCAAACUACGCUCUGCACACAGGUCAGGAGAUUUUGUCAUAGUGUCCAAUUGCAAGACGUGCUGCGGUGCGGGCAGCUACAUCUUCGCAUAACAAUGCACUGUACUUUUGUUAUGAAGUUGCAAAAAUAUGAU